AUGAAGACAAACUCCCCAGCACAGCCCUUUGAUUCACAACCCAGGACGGCGCACCUGACACAGGCUACGGUUGUGAGGAGACUCAGCGGUACAACUCAUCCUCCGUCGGAGAAACUAAGGAAGCUCCCAGAGGACAAAGUUGAGCUACUUCAGGGUCCUGCCGUUGAAACGCAGCAGCAGGCUCGCUCCGAGGAGAACGACGCAGGAGGAGAAGGAGGAACAGAGGGAGAAUCAAGAGGACGAGGAGGAGGGAGCUACGCUUUUCCGAGCCUCACAGAUCUCCAGAAGCAAACAGAAGAGGAGCUAGCGAGCUUACACACAAGGUUGGCUGAGAUCAGAGGCCGUCACCAGCUGUUGACCAGUGAGCUGCUGAACCUAAAGGAGAAGAGCAAGAGAGAAGCGGACCAGGAAGUGAACAGGAAGCGCGAUCUUCAGCAAUCCAGCCAGAGGGUUGGCGAGGAAGUCCAGGCCUCCGUAUCGGACCUGUGCGGUCGGUUGAAGGAGCUAGACUACCAGGAGGAAGCGGUCAGCGCCCUCACAAGCUUCCUCAAGCAAGACCUAGAGCGCUACCGGGACCUCGAGUGGCCCCCGGACCUCAGGCCCUGUCCUCCCAGCAUGCACGGGAAGAGUGGGAUGGACCACGAAAACAACACGGACAAGAAGAGUGACCAAUCACUACCCCCCGGUGUGACAUCACCUCCCCCAAAGCCCUCCCACCCGGCCCCCACGGUCCUCCAUCAGUCCCCUCUCAUAGACGAUGAGUUGGUCUGGAGGAGCCAUCUGAAGAAGAGGCCUCAGACCUCUAACCUCACCCGCUGCACCAGUGUGAAGAACCUCAUCAGCAGGUUCUCAGACCGGGCGCCCGGGUCCCCACAGAGCGCCGCCCCAUCUAGUGUACCGACUCUGGGAGCAGGGCCGGACCCCCGAAUGAAUGCCCCUCUAGACUCAGUGUUUACACACUCUAGCCCGCCGUCCUCCGAGGAAGUCGGGUCGCGUCAGGGGUCGCCUGCGACCGGGUCCCUGGACAGCCCCGUCCCCUCCAUCAUCAUCACCUCCCCGCUGAAGGACGACAAGAGUUCAGAGGACGCCGCUCACAAGAUGGCCGCCGCUCACAAGAUGGCCGCCGAGCAAGCAAGUAAACCUGCAGACAGGAGUCCUGCCGGUCCAGACUCCGCCUCCCGGCACGACUCUGGACUGGGCUCGCUGAGUUCGGAGUCUGAGUUUGACUCCUCUAAGCCUAACAGCCCAGCCUCAGAAGAGGAGCCCAUCACCCCCAGGAGCUCCGUCUCGGGGCCCAGCCCCAACCCCAAGUUCCAGCUCAACCUGGUCCAGAACACGGGCAACGGGCUGAGGAGGAGCCCGGAUCCCCAGCGGCGCGGCGCCGGGGAGAACGGCCCGCGGGUGACCCCCUGGGAGCCCUCCCGUCUGGGGAACACCAACUACAGAGGGUCCCUGGAGUCCCUGGCCUCCAGAGACUGGGACACCAUGUCAGACCGGCAGGGGGGCUUUGAGAGUCCCCCGAGGGUGUUCCAGAGUCCGUACUCCAACUCCGCCUCCAUGGACUUCAACCCCCCCAACCGCAUGUCAGACUUUAAGGGGCGGCUGUCUCCGGCCACGUCGGAGAUGAACCUGUACACCUUCAACAGCCGCAGCACCAGCCCCGUGCACAGCAGCAGUCUGAGCAACGUGCCCCACCGGGCCCGCUUCUCCACCUACGACACCCUGAGGAGCGGCCGCAGGCCAGAGGGGCCCAACAACGUGGGGUUCACACCACAGGUUGUUAAUCACAUGCCCCUGCGGUCAGCCACUCUGGGAAAUCCAAACAGACGGGACUUUAUAGAAGAACUGACCAAACAGCUGGACACCAUCCAGAAGCGGAACACGUUUCUUGAAGCAGAGAGUGUAGAGAUGGAGAAGGAGAGAAACCAGAUAAGGUUUGAGAUGCGCAAUCUCCUGGUGAACAAUGAGGAUCUGCUGAGGACCAACGCUCAGCUGACCAAUGACAACAAGCGGAUUAGAGAGCACUUAAUGGAGCUGGAGAGAGAGAACCAGGUCAUUGCAGAGAAAUACAGACAGCUGGAGGUGGAAAUGAAGGAGGCACGGGAUGUGAUGGUGGAAGCCAACACUCAGGAAUACGCCUUCAACUUCCUGCAGCAGUCACUCAAGAACAAGAUACAGGAUGCAGAGGAGAACCUGGAUAAGCAGACGCAGCAUGCCCAGACCAUGGCGGAGAAGCUGUGGCUGGCGGAUAGGAAGGUGGAAGAGAUGGAGGUGGACAGGGAGACCCGAGACAAGAGGACCUCCGAGCAGAGCUGCGCCAUCUCCAGGCUCGAGGAGGAGCUUGGAAACGCUAUUCUGCAGUCGACCCAGGCGGGGGCAGAGUUGAACCUGCAGCAGAAGCUGCGUCAGGACGCGCAGCUGAGGCUGGAGGAGCUGGAGGAGACUCUGCUGGAGAAGGACCAGGAGCUCCUGAGAGUCGAGGCCAUCGUGGUCAGGCUACAGGGAGAGGUGUCAGGUAAGCUGAUUGAUAAGGAGCGGGACCUGGAGGACGAAAUCCAGCAGAGAGAACGUCUCCAACUGCAGUGUAAGCAGGCCGAGCGGACCGUAGACGACCUGCACAUGGAGCUCCAGACCGCCAACCAGGCCAGAGAGGACGUCGCCAAGCAACUCAAGACUGCUCAGGAGAAGAUGAUCGACCUGGAGACGGACCUGGAGGAGGUCAACGACAGCGAGCAGAGAUGGGCCGCCAAGCACAAGCGAGCCCUCGAACAGAUGGAACAGCUACAGCAGAAGGUGAUCCAGGAGCAACAUCUGAGCGAACAACUGGACAGUGAGAAGGUCUCCAUGGAACGCCAGCUGCGAGGGCUACGUCUGGAGGUGGAGGAGCUGCACAGCUCCAGGGUGCAGGAGGACGUCAUCUCCAAGUCAGAGGGACGCGUCAAAGAGCUGGAGAACGCCCUGAGGGCCGAGGAGCGGAACAAAUUGGUGCUGAGCAACAAUGUCAACAAGCUGGAGAGGAAAAUCUGUGAGCUCAGUGACCAGAUGGAGGAGGAGCAUCGGAUUUCUACUGAACAGAAAGACCUGAUGACCCAACGUAUCCGAGCACUGAAGCGGCAGCUGAACGAGGCGGAGGAGGAGACGGGCCGGAAGGAUACGCAGUACCGCCACGCCCAGCGGGAGCUGGCUGAGGAGAGAGAGGCCGCAGGGAGGCUACAGAGACAGCUCCUCGACCAGAACCUCCAGACGAAACGUAAGGAAUCUAUGAUGAUGAGGCAGACUCUGGACAGCCUGCGCUUGGACCUGAGCAUGGACGAAGACGAGCCUUUGGAGAAAGAGCAGCUAGCCGUGGUCUAGUCUCCUACCUGCGCCCUUCAUGCUGGAGCACUCUGUCUCAUGGACUAGAUUCAUACUGGGCUUUAAAAUACAGAGACCAGCUAGCAUUCGCAUAAGAAACCAUCCAAACAAAAGACAAAAUAAAAAAACUAUUUUUAAAGAGGUUGAAAACAUUUAUUAAUUAGUUAGUUUAAAUUGUAAGUAAAAAAUAAACACAGAUAGAUACUGCCUCACCCCCCUGUGGUAUUUUUUUUAUUCUUCUAACAAAACUUUUACGGAAGCUCCUUCACGAAACCUCAACUACUGCUCUGUCCGGAUUCCUUCUUGUGCUUCUCUUCGUCCCCUCCUUGAAGCGAUCUUUAGUCGUCCUCUGUUGUAAUGUACACACAUUACAUGCAGUAUUUCCAUGUAUUCCAUGUCUUGAGAUUCUGAGAAGGUCAGCGGUCCUGGGGACAACAUGGCCGGGACGCCGAGAGGGGGGGCAGUAGGGGCCAGUGCCCCGGGGCCCGGGCAUGGCAAACGGCCCGUAAAAGAACUAAACAAAGAGCUCAAUGAAAUCAAGGGGCCCCAGCUGCACUGGCAUGGAGGCUUACUCUUCUCAUGCCUGCUGCGGCCAUGUUUAUAUGUUUGAUACACCAUAGUUCCUACCGAGUGAUCACAACGAACUAAUCCGCGACUGUGAUCGAUUCUCUUGUCUGCAGCACGAUAUACAAAUCGAUAACACACUGAUUUAAAGUCUCGCAGAUUUCCCUGCCUGCUUUUAACUAUCGUCACCAUCGUCGAUUUGUUUUUGCUACGAGUGGGCCCCGUGUUGGGCCCCAAGCUGGGCCCCGUGUUGGGCCCCAUGUGGAUCCUGUGUCUGGCCCCCGGCUGGGCCCCUUGUUGGGCCCCGUGCUGGCCAGCACUGGCACUCGGGGUCCUGUAUUAUGGGACAGGGACUAAUGAAUGUUCAUUUGAACUUUUUUUGAUUUCCCCCGUUGCCCCGAUUACUUUAUUUAUAUUGAAUAAAUUUUGUGUUAUUUUUAUAAAUUGAAGAAUAUUUUCAAUUUUUUUUGUUUUGUUUUUUCUAUGGGGGACGUAAUCAUUGCGAGGAGAUUGAUCAUUCUUUACUGUAAGCGGUGGGUAGCCUGAAUCCAUUCAUGUAUGUAGCAGGUGUCGAGCUCGUUAAGAAGAUUUUUUAAGAAACAUCAGAUCUAACUAUGCUUCCCCAUUAGACUUUGUAUUAAAAUGUUGUUUUGGACAUCCAGUCAUAAAUAAGUCAUCAUGAAAAUAUCUGGACGCUUUUCUAUCAGUGAUAGACAACCAGUCAUGGCUGUCCUCUGUAAGCUUAACAUUAAUUAGUAUUGUAAAUCAAUAUUAAUUCAUACUGUACUCAUUUUAUGCCAUAUUGUCAUAUUGUGUGGAAAAAGUUGUGGGCUUGGUUUCUUGCUUGAGAGUAAAUGUGUGAUUUGUGUUGCCUUGCAUGAAUUAUUCUGUCUAUCUCAGGAGUUUAACCUCCUUACUUUAUAUACAAGGUACACAGCAUGUAUGGUAAGAAUGGUUUUAAUGUGAAAUUGUGGAAGUCUACUUUCUAGUGGGUGUGACUAAUGUGGAAUACCUACAAAUCAGAUAAAGAUUUAUAGACACCUGUUCUAUGUACUAUUUGAGGAGCUUUGGUGAUAGAAUAUUUGAGUUUUUAUUUUUAACACAUUGUAGUAGUUAAAGAAAACUGUUAUGCUUCUUUUUUUUUAAGUCUGUUGGUAAUAGUCGAUGAGAGGUUCUUAACUCUGUCUUUUGCUCAAAACAUGCAUCGUAUUUGUAUAGCCUGCUGCUAUACGCCCUGUUUACAUUGGUUUGUAACCUACCAAGCUAGCUGUCCCUGUGGUUUACAAAUCUGUCAUUAAUCUUCUAUGUGUGUCAUGUUCCACAGAAUUCAUAUCUGAGGCUAAAGGCAUUUCUCUAGAGGGCUAUCACAUUUUUUGGCCAUUGUAUUUUAUUUCAGGUAUAUCUUCCUUUAUUAAAUAAAGCUAUGAAUGUAUACUC